GGGUGCGACUAGAACUCGGGUGAGCGCCUGUGACAACUCACUGGGAGUUGACAACGGCCGAAAGACGGAGACUCUGGCGACAUCGACAGAUUUUCAGAGAGUCACAGAGAGGUAGACGGAGCUCUCCUAUCUUUUUCUCUCAAAGGAUAGAAACCUCAUCCAAGCUGCAUCAGAAGAAACCGACAAAGGUAUUUGAAAGAGAAGGAGCGGGGCCCCCAAUAGCUGUCCUGAGCAACUGAGUGGGUUAUGUGCUAGUGCCCAAGUGACAGCGGCAAACGCAAGAGGGAGGAAUGUCUGAAUAGUACGGUAGAGACUCCCACUUUGGCCUGAGAGCUCUUGGACGACGACCGUUCGAUUUAGCAAUUACGGUCCUCUGCUCUCUAACUCCGCUCCAGAGCAGACGCUCAGCGCAGCUGCGGUGCCCAGGCCCGCGCUCCGCGCUCUUUGAAAGCGCCUGGCACUCAGUUCCUAGGCGCGGUCUUCAGCUGCUGCUUCGAAAGCUCCCACGCACUCCCUGCGCCCUAGCUCCGGAACGGAACCCCGGGCAGGCUGGACUAUCUUAGGUCUCGUCCCCUGGAACAUGACCUAGAGGCAUCUGUACAUGCAGGUGGCCAUUAUAGCCACGAUGGCCACCGUGAAUAAGGCGGAUGGCGGGGACGAGCUCGCAGAACUCUUCCGUCUGAUCCCGGACCUUCUGCAGGCGGCCAACACGAGCGAUAACGCGUCGCUGUCGCUCCCGGACUUGUGGUGGGAGCUGGGGCUCGAGUUGCCGGACGGCGCGGCGCCGGGGCAUCCCCCAGGCAGCGGCGGGACAGAGAAUGCGGACACCGAGGCCCGGGUGCGGAUCCUCAUCAGCGUGGUGUACUGGGUGGUUUGCGCGUUGGGGUUGGCUGGCAAUCUGCUGGUGCUCUACCUGAUGAAGAGCAAGCAGGGCUGGCGCAAGUCCUCCAUCAAUCUCUUCGUCACCAACCUGGCGCUGACGGACUUUCAGUUCGUGCUCACCCUACCGUUCUGGGCGGUGGAGAACGCUCUCGACUUCAAAUGGCCCUUCGGCAAGGCCAUGUGUAAGAUCGUAUCCAUAGUGACGUCCAUGAACAUGUACGCCAGCGUCUUCUUCCUCACCUCCAUGAGCGUGGCGCGCUACCAUUCGGUGGCCUCGGCUCUUAAGAACCACCGGACCCGAGGGCACAGCCGCAGCAACUGCUGUAGCCAGAGCCUGGGGGACAGCUGCUGCUUCACGGCCAAGGCGCUCUGCGUGUUCAUCUGGGCCUUGGCCGCGCUGGCCUCGCUGCCCAACGCUGUCUUCUCCACCACAGUCAAGGUGCUGGGUGAGGAGCUGUGCCUGGUGCGCUUUCCCGACAAGUUGCUGGGCGGUGACAGGCAGUUCUGGCUGGGCCUCUACAACUUGCAGAAGGUGCUGCUAGGCUUUGUGCUGCCUCUGGGCAUCAUCAGCCUGUGCUAUCUGUUGCUAGUGCGCUUUAUCUCCGACCGCCGCGUGGCAGGGACCCAAGGAGGGGACUCAGCAACCGGGGGAGGACUGGCUGGAGCCAGCGCCCGGAGACGGUCCAAGGUUACCAAAUCAGUGACCAUCGUGGUCCUAUCCUUCUUCCUGUGUUGGCUGCCCAACCAGGCACUCACCACCUGGAGCAUCCUCAUCAAGUUCAACGCGGUGCCGUUCAGCCAAGAGUACUUCCUGUGCCAGGUGUACGCGUUCCCCGUGAGCGUAUGCCUGGCUCACUCCAACAGCUGCCUCAACCCUAUUCUCUACUGUCUCGUGCGCCGCGAGUUCCGCAAGGCGCUCAAGAGCUUGCUGUGGCGCAUCGCGUCGCCUUCGCUUACUAGCAUGCGCCCAUUCACGGCCACCACCAAGCCUGAGCCGGAGGAUCAGGCCCUGCAGGCCCUGGAGCCUCUCCAUCCCGCCGCAGAGCCCGACCUGCUCUACUACCCACCUGGAGUGGUGGUCUACAGCGACGGCCGCUACGACUCGCUGCCCAGCGGCUCCACCUACUGACCCAGGCUGAGGCCCAGGGUGCGCGGUCACCACAAAGUGGCCGUCCAGGAGCGCGGAAAAAGGAGAGCGGAUUGGGGGAUGUAAGGGGGGCCUUCACGGAACAAAAGGUAGGUGGGACGAGGAUGGGGAGAAGCGCAGAGGGGCAGCUCGUGAAAGGCCAGGGACCUUCUCAGAGAGGGGCGGCUUCUAACCAGGUGGAGAGAGGAAACAGGCAAAGGGGCCGAGAGCAGCCUCAAAAGGCCAGGCCACCAACUUCUGUCCCCUUUCUCUCCACGUACACCUUUUCCUCUCCUCACGUUUGUGAGCGCUGGGCAAUGUGGGGGGCGCCCAGAAGCGAAAGCAUCAGGAAUGUAGAGAAAUCUGGGCGCAAGGAAGUUGGGCUCGGCCAAAUGGAGCGCAGACAAUGAGUGCAUUUAUUCCAGCGACUUUGUGGAGCUGCGUGGUGCAGCCGGCCAGGGAAAGCCGCCCACAAAAACCUUUCCUUUGCUUCUUGGCCGGGGAGACUGACCUGAGUGGCUGCGCCAGCAGCCUAGGAUUGGGGAGCAAGAAGCUUUCGGAGAUGGGAGAAAAGAGUGACAAUCUCCACCCCUAGGAGAAAUGCAUCCCAAGAGAGACACCUCUCAUGGGGCCAUCGUACUGUUUAUCUUCCCGGACAAAGCUGUGGGAACACGGGGAGCCUGACUUUGCCUCUCUGCACUACCUUUGCGCUCUAAUGUCAUUGGGGGCAAAACGCCUGUAUCCAGCAAGACAGAGCGAUUUGCUGGGGAGUGGCGUCGGCGCGGGAGGGAGCAGACAUAGUGUGAUUAGAGGCUGAAUAGAGAGACCUCCUCAGGCUACUGAUCCUGAAAGAAAAAGAAGGGGCUCAUGUGCUCACCCAGUAACCGAACAGGAAGUGAGUGCACCCUCUGAUGGAGGCCUGGGAGCCUCGGUUCUUCUGAGCACAGGUGGGUGCCUGGAGACACUGUAUGCUCAGGUCUGCUGGCUGCAGAUAGUGAGCUGUGCCCAGGAGCAACUUGGAAAGGUCUGGGUAGAAAUGCUACUGGGAGUGGGGAUUUUGAAAGGGAGAAAAGGACUGGGGGGUGGGAGGAGUGGGAUGCUCUAGCUCCCUCCCUUCCUCAUCUUCCUCAUCCCAGUAGCUCAGCCAGGGCUCUAUCUGAAAGGAGCUCCGCUUGUAACAAAGACCAUGCCCUGUGGUUGGCCAGAGAUGACUACUUUUGACUUCUUGGGGGUCCAGGUAAGAUGGCCCUCCAUUGCAGGUCACCCUCCCAGCUGACCCAAUCAUUCAUUUCAAAAUCUCCAAACACCAGAACGGUCCUUGGAGAAAUGGUCAGGAAAUAAACACUGAGCUCAGGAAAUGAUGCCAUUUCUAAACCUUGCAGACCCAAGGACAGGUAGGCAAAGCAAGAGAGGUGAAUUGGUGCUGUUUCUUUUGUAAUGCUGUGUCACUUGGGGUCCUCUGAACAUUUGCCCCUCAUUGCCCCAUGCUGUGGUGUUAGGAGCAGGUGUUCUCGCUGAUGGCUCCUCUAAGUCAGUCAUGCCCUUGUUUCUCUACGAGGGAUGAUGCGAGGGGAAGAGGGAGGAAGGAACACUGGGGAAGAAGGAGUCAUUUGGGAUGUGACCCUCCUGAAAGAAUGAGGUGACUUCACUUGAGAAUGAAUAUACCAACGGAAUGCACAGGGACCCGACCUGGAGGCAGAAAACGAAAAGUCCCGUCCACCUCCCCUCACCUGCACCCCACCACUAGUGUGGAGAGAAGAGUAAGGAUUGGAGGUCGAUACGUGACACAAAAGCACUUUCAGGUUUGAGAAGACGGCCCAGCUCAGUCUUUAAAGAAUCAGGAAUCUGGAGCCUGGGGAUGGGAUAAACUGGGAUAAACUGCAGGAGCCUGGACUGCCUGGUGCUGGAUAAGGGAGCUGCAUGUUCUGCAGGUGGCAAGUGGGAGCAGUGGGCAGGAAGGAGUGCCCCCUUCAGUGCAAGCCCCCAUCCUCCGCCCACCCCCCACAUACACACACAAAUUAGAAGUGCCCAGAGCUCAGGCAUGUUCCAGAUGUCCACACCCAGCAUUUGUCCCAGUCACAGGCAUGCUAACUCAGUAGCAGCAGAGAGAGAGGGCUCUUGGAAAAAAGAAAAAAAAAAGCAGGCAAUCAAGAGAAUCGCAUCAGCAAGCCUGGAAGCCCACGCAGUGGCAAGAGAAUGAGUGUGA